GGAGUGUGUGAGAGCCGCUGCAGCUCUACGGCGCACCGCUGCGCUCAAACCUCCUGCAACAAAAGCACAACACGCGCUCAUCUGCGCUGUCAGUGCGCGCCCGGAUCACGGCACAACCUAACCCUCUGCACGACCGGACCUGGAAGCGGACGCACGCCCGAACGCGCCCGAGCCUCACACGCAGCGCGUUUAUCUGGGUUUGGAUGAAUCGCGGUAUCGUUUUUUAAUCUCGAGUCCAGCGCGCGGAGCAGGAAUGUCCCGGAGGAAACAGAGCAACCCCAAGCAAUUCAAACGAGUGUUUGAAAAUGGGCUUGAGAUGGACUCCGAGGAGACAGAGAAGAAAGAGAUGUUGAAAGAAGAAGACGGGUCUGUGGAGGACGACCCGCUUUACUACUCUGACCCAGAGAACGCCGUCUCUAAGGACGGAGAUCACUUGAGCAACGGUGAAAUGGGUGGAAGUUUAAAGGUGGAGCAACAAGACAGCGACGGACAAGAAGAGAGAGUCCAGCCAAGCCCACUGACAGCAGAAGAAUGGGACGGCCCAAGGGAGCUGAAAAUGGUUGGCGAAGGAGGAGAGAGAAGGAUUUGUUCUUGUCAGGCACUUCUUCUGGGCACCACGUGGGGACCUUUCCCUGGGAAGAUCGAGGUGACCACGGGAGGAAGUGACAAGGUUUCGCUGGGGCUGAACGGAGGUCCUCGCUGGCUGAUGGACAUGAUGUGGGUCAGCGCGGAGGACGGAAAGAGCAACUGCGCCGUGUACAGCAAAGGAGGACAUGUGUGGUGUUCCACAACUAAAAACAUCAUGGAAGGAGAAGAACUUGCAGCCUGUGUGGUGGAUUUGCACUCGCAUCUUCAAACACCAGCCCAAAGUCCCUACGGUCAAGGGAUGUACCCGGCCCGACAGCUGGACGGCAUCCAACUCCUUCCUCAGCAAGCAGCCAUGGCGUCCAUACUGCCCGGCGCUAUCAUCAACAAAGACAUCUUCCCCUGCAAGGCUUGUGGCAUCUGGUUUCGGAGUGAAAGAAACCUCCAGGCCCACCUUAUGUAUUACUGCAGUGGGCGACAAAGGGACCCUGAGAUGGUAGCAGAGAAAAACGCCAAUAUCAGCCAUCAAAUGCUUCGAAAUUGCACAUACCCCCAAUGCAAUAUGAGCUUUGCAGGCUCGCAUGCCUUGGAAAUGCACUUAUCCACACAUAACAGUCUCAAGUCAGAUGAGAUAAACACUGGAAGCAGCUUGAAAUGCACAAUUUGUGACUACACUGCCGAAACCCUUAUGGUACUCCAGCACCACAUCCUCUCCCAUUUAUCCCAAACCGGCCUGAGAUGUGGUCACUGCCAUUUCACAUUUCAAACCCCUAGAGAACUGGUUAAACACCAGGAGCUACAUGGACAUAGCUGCACGGUCAACAAACUCAAAGAAGACAAAGCUGAUAACUCUCCUAGCAGAAUUGCAGGCAGUCCUCAACAAGCCAGAGCUAAUGCAAACACGAAAGACCUUCAGGAAAGCGCAGGACAUCGUGAUGUAAGUCUAAUGUCAGAGCUGGAAAGCACAGAAAGUAGCCAGACAUCCACUAAGGGUGAGGGUAACUCAGGAAACAAGGCUAGUGUUUCAUACUCAAGAGUGAAGUCAGAACCUUCUAGUCCCCGAUUAGCCUCUUCACCCAUUCAACAUCACCUGCCUCCUGCAUUUCCCUUACCCCCCUUCAUACCACAUGUACCGUUCUCACAGGAUAUUACGGUGGGCCCGCAAGCUUCUGAGAUACUGGCCAAAAUGUCAGAGUUGGUCCAUCGUCGGUUACGUCACGGGGGAAAUACUUACCCUCCGGUCAUGUACAGCACACUUGUGCCAAAAGGAGCAACUUGCUUUGAAUGCAAUAUCACCUUCAAUAACCUUGAUAAUUAUUUGGUGCACAAGAAGCACUACUGCAACAGUCGCUGGGAAAACACACACAAGCCACAUGACUUCCCUGGACUUCUGGAUAAACCAGCAGGCACUGUAAGCCCAAAAAUCGGAGCUAGUUUAGCUGUUAUGCUAAAUGCCUGCCAUCCCUCUGAAGUGAAAGGGCAUGAGCCAAACCCCUGCAAUUCUAUCGCAGGUGGAAAAGUAACUGAUGAACUGUCGGUGCAAGUUAAAAAAGCGUCAACUCCAUCUGGUGCGCAGGAGAGGCCGAAUGGUACACAGCUGGAUUUACAAAGCCAGAAAAUGCCAACCACCGAAACUGACCCCAACCACACAACAUGCGAUGCCUGCAAGAUCACCUUUAGUCGACAUGAGACCUACAUGGUGCACAAGCAGUAUUAUUGUGCCACUCGGCAUGAUCCUCAAGUGAAACGAGCAAACAAUAAAGGAGCAGCCAAUCAGAAGGCAGUGCGCCCCCGUAAAAGAAGAAAGGCAUAUGAGCUGGCCACUCCUGAACAAGAACAAAUGCCUCCCAUGGGUAUGCCAUCAUUUCUUGGUAUGCCCACUAUAGGAGGUCCAUACAUGUCAAAGGACACACUGGAUAGCUUCAGGGACCAUCAGAGAUACAGCAUGAUCCAGGGGUUAGUACCUAAAUAUCCAGAAGCUUCAUUGACAGUUUCAAAAUCAGCUCUUGUGUCAAAAUGUAAUACAAUCUCUAAGGAAGAGGGCGAUGUACCUAUAGAUCUCAGUAAAAAAUGCAUGCCACAGUUUGGCAACACUUCGGUUUCCUCUAAAGGACUUAUGGAUUAUCAUGAGUGUGCUGUGUGCAAGAUAAGCUUCAACAAGGUUGAGGACUAUCUCAAGCACAAACAGAACUUCUGCCCAGGUACUAUUUUGCAAAACACUUCCGCUGAGAACAAAAGCAUCAAAAAGGAAGGCCCUAGAAAUACUAGCACCCUUUUAGAGAGUGCCCUCUUUGAGCUCCCAGCUCUGCAUGGAAAGAUGGAGCAUGCUACUUCUGACAUCCAAGCUUCCAGUGAGGCACAACCAGUCCCGAUAAAAGAUGAUGUGAGGAGUGUGUUUCAGCCCUCUGGUGGUUACCUAAGUCCUGCUAAGAAAAUGAGACCCGAUGAACAAAUCUGGCCUUACUAUGAAAUCAAAGCCACUGAUUACGCUACGGGGAUGCUGGUCUCACAAAGCGAACGGAGGCAGAGUCCAAACGAGGGCAGUGAGGGGGAAAAAGACCAGCCGAUGCCCGACGGUAGCCAUCUUAGCGCAGAUGACCCCGAGAAGUCAUCGUCCUUAAAGGACAACCCUGACCUUGAGGACAAGAUGGAAGAUGCUGGAAAUAAACAUCAUGGUUCCCCUACACCGGAGAGCCAUGCAGACAGUCCCGUCGACUGCAAGGAAAGCACAAUGCUGGCGCCAUCUUUAAAGACUGAGGAAGUCUCGACGAGCUUCAAAAGAGCGCUAAAUGGGUCCAUUGCCACCGCAAGCAACGUAAAAUACUGCCGUCCAUGUGACAUCCAGUUCAACAACCUCUCAAACUUUAUAACACACAAGAAGUUCUACUGCUCGUCACACACAGCAGAGCACGUAAAAUAAUGGACCCACAAAAGUCAGAGCUGUUACCAAGAUCACAUCUUGAAUUCACAUUAUAAAGGCGGGCCCAAGCCCCUAAACAUGUAAAGACACGGGGACAACUUACCAAGUUGUCCCCCUUGAUGAUGUCCCCGCUGUUUUGAAUUGUACAAUGGACACUUUUGUUUUCGCUGAUUAAAAGUGACCAUUUGCCCCCUCUUCUGUAAAGUGGACAUAUUCAAUUUUCACCAGUUUCUCCCCUUGUGGUCAGUGACGUAAGACAUUUUUACAAUUCCAUGCUGGCGUACUCAGCAGCAGGAGGACAAUCAAAUCAGGAGAUUUAUCCUACGGUCAUUUAUUAGAACAUUUUAAAAUAUUUGUUGGGAAUACUGUGUGUUGAUAGUUUUUUGUGUUUUUAUGUAUUUAUUUAUUUAAUAAUAGUUGCCGCUCUGAAAAGAAAAUGCAGGUCUGAGAUGAAAAACAGAUUUGUUGAAAGUUCUCUUGAAUGUUUCUUUUACAAUUACAGAAAGAAGCCACGUGAAUGGUAGAAAUUAUGAAUAAAAACCUACAGAUAGCGGAGUAACCUCUGGCUGACAAAUGUGUCAACAUUAAAUAUGGCAAUCAAGUUUUAUGAAUUAAUAAUUGUCAAUACAUGUAGAGUCUAGUUUGUCAUUGAUGUUUCUUUAUGCUUCCAUAUGUUUUUCUUGUCAAUGCAGAACUCUUCUUAAAAAGUGACCUGUACGUGUGUUUGUUGAUUCAUUAUCUCUUUUUAAAUAUUUGGCUUCUAAUGCAAUACUUUUUAAAAGAUGAAACAUUAUUUAAAGCAGUAUUACGAAAGGGUAACUUUUUUACUUGGACCCCCAGAAAUUGAAGUCUUGCUGGAGAAGGGUUUACACUUGGUAUGGAUGACUCGUUGUAAUCUUUCCUACAGAAAAAAAAACAAAAUAAUCUGCUCAAAAAAAAAAAAGAAAAAAAAAAGUCAAAAAUGUGUUGCUAUGCAUGUACCUGUAUGGAAUGAAAUUCCAGAAAUGUGGGAAAUGUUAUUUUAUGUGACAUAAAAAUUAAAAUUCUUAUCUCAGGACAACAGUGUCAUUGAA